AUGACCUACACUUCAAUCACCAUUGUUGUUUCCCCAUACCAUGUCGGCGCUUAUGACCAUCGUGUCGGGGGUGGUCCUCUCCGCAUCCUCUCCCACGGUAUUGAGCGGGAUCUAAGCAAACUCGCCCCUGUCUCUUUUAUCAACAUCGGUCCUGUCGACGAUUUUGAAGGCGAAAUCGGCAAGACCUUUGAAAUCAUUCGCCGUAUCUCCAAUGCAGUCGCUACGGCCGUCAAGAACAACUCAUUCCCUCUUGUUCUAUCCGGGAACUGUUAUGCAAGCACUGGAACCAUAGCUGGGCUUAAUCAACAAAACUCUGGAGGAUAUAAGCCUGCAGCUCUAUGGCUAGAUGCUCACGAUGAUCUCGAUACCCCUUCGACUCACGAGAAUGGUUAUCUCGACGCCAUGGCUGCGUCAAUGAUGACUGGCACUAGCUGGCAUACGUUGAUGAAGACUGUUCCUGGUCACGAGCCCCUGGAUGUUAAGAGGGUUGUGUGGUGUGGACUGCGAGAUUGUUCUGAGCUCCAAAUCAAGACGGUCAAGGAGGCAGGGGUGGAUGUGGUUUGGGGUAAAGCCGAUCAGAAGGUGGAUUUUACUGCUGGUCUUGCUGCUGUCCUUGAUCGACGAGAUGAUAUCAAGGAUGCUCAUAUCCAUCUCGACUUGGAUGUCCUCGAUCAGUCACUAGGCCGUGUCAAUGAAUUUCCGUCCCCAGGUGGCUUCUUUCCCGAGGAUUUGGCAGGUUUAAUGCAGAUGAUCCCUCAGAAGGUGAACCCAACCUCGCUCGUUGUUUGUUCCUUCAACCCCCGUUUAGAAGGCGGCGAUACAGUGGCCAGACUGGCGUGUCAGGCAAUCCUCCAAUUGGUUGGCGCAUUACAGGAGAAUGGUAUACUUGAUGCAAAGAGUAAAUGA